CUGCUGUCGUGUUGGUGGGAGGAGCCUCGGACGGCUUAGCUUCACUUAUCGCCGAACUUCACCGGCGAAACUCACAGCUUCCACGGCCGAAACCGAGCUGAGGAGAGGCGGACCGACACUGCCGGGAGCAGCGGCACACAGGUGGUGCUGAGGAGCGUCAUGGGGAAGAGAAAGAUUCCGGACCUGUACAGGUCACCGUUCCCGCUGUACGCGGUCAAAGUGGACCCGUCCACCGGGCUGCUGAUCACAGCUGGAGGAGGAGGCGCCUCCAAGACGGGUAUCAAGAACGCAGUGCACUUCCUGGACCUCCAGCUGGAUGGGGAACAACAGUACAGUGCCACGCUGCUCCACGCUCAUGACACGGACACGCGCGCCACCAUGAACAUGGCUGUGGGCGAUGGUGUUGUUGCUGCUGGGCAGGAUGGGACCUGCAGCCUCAUGACCUUCAAACUCUGCUCUCCAAAGGAAAGAAAAGCUCCUCAGAGUGAAGGAAAGGACUCCCAGAAAGGAAGUGUCAGGCAGCGAGACGUGAAGGGGCGUGCAGCUGAGGAGGCGGGGACUGCGGCGUCGGGUGGGCGCGGCUCAGACACAAAAGCGGACACCCCGAACAUCGUCGUGACGCACUUGGCCGAUGUGGAAUCGGACCUGAACCCCCAGGAGCCGCUCCAGAAAGUGGUCCGGUUCAGCCCCGACCAGAGCCUGCUCCUGACUGGAGGCACGGAUGGACAUGUACGCGUGUGGGAGUUUCCGUCCCUAAAGAAGAAGCUGGAUUUCAAAGCACAUGAAGGCGAGAUUGAAGACUUGGAUCUGAGUCCAGGGAACAAGCAUCUCGUGACCGUGGGCCGGGAUUUUGCGUGCAGUGUGUGGAGCGGUAACCAGAUGGCUGCUGCUCUGAACUGGGAGGAGACGAUGCCUCAAGUGGCUGCAAAGUCUCAUAGAUAUUUGGCUUGCAGGUUUGGGAGAGUAGAGGACCAGAAGGAUGCUCUCAGGCUUUACACAGUGCAGGUCCCUCACAAACGAAGCCGGAAACCUGCAGCCUGCUACCUCACCAAGUGGGACAGCAAGAGCUUCCUGCCCAUGCUGACGUCUGCCUGCGGCGUGGAGGUCUUCUCAUGUCUGACCGUCAGUGACUCCGGGACAUUUCUGGGUCUUGGGACAAUAACGGGAUCGGUGGCGAUCUACAUUGCGUUCUCCUUACAGAGGCUGUAUUAUGUCCAGGAAUCGCAUGGCAUCGUGGUGACGGAUCUGGCCUUCCUGCCUGACUCCCUGAAAGGCCGGAGCAUCAAGGGCACCAACGAAGCCGUCCUGCUGAGCGUGGCUGUAGACAGCCGCUGUCAGGUGCAUGCUGUCGCCCGCCGCCGAGAUUUCCCCGUCUGGCUGCUGCUCUUCCUCUGCGGCCUGCUGGUGGUGGCAGCCGUCCUCCUCCUGCAGAACCUCUUUCCAGGGCUGCUCUAGGCGGCGUCCCCGCCGGGGUUUGAACUUUACCCUCAGACGCAGCUCUGCUAACCUCCUGGUGUGCACAGGAGCACCAGAGCAGGAGCGUUCCUCAUUUGAACUGUUUCACCUGAAAUGUCGUUGCAGGGUUAAAGGGCUCGACUGUGUAAGAAUGCAUGUAUGUACAAAUGUGAAGCAGGAAGUUUACACACCUGUUUGUCAAACCACACGACCAGACGGCUGCAGAAGACUUUCUCUGACUGAGCUGCUCAAAUGUUUGUGGUCAGUAAAAGAUGAAAUGUUGAGACGCGGGAAAAACCAUGAAUGUUUAUAAAGAAGCUCAAAAACUUCCCGAUUUUAUGAAUUUUAACUUUAAAAUUUGUGUUCCACUGAAAGCGUAGUCACUGCUCCGGUCUCUGAGAAAGGUUCUGGGGUCCCAGCAGCAGAGAAACGACGUCUGUCUACCGCCACCUGGAGUUUGAUGGAGUCUUAACAGAACGACGGGAUGAAUGCUUUUGAUCACAGACGGUCAGAUGAUUGUUCCCUUCAGAUGUGUCAGAGCUCUGAAUCCUGAUUAAACUCCUUAAAGAUGG